CGGUUGACGUAAACGGCAGCGCUUUACGACAUUUAACGAAAACAUUGACGACAGUGUCAUGGCGGCGUACGGAGUCAGUUUUGAGAGUUCGAGCAGUAUCGAAGAAAGAAAGGAUAGUAAACGACAGGCUCGGCAAGAGGCGAUAGAAAAGGCCAAGCAGCAGCAUGAGAGGGAAGAGAGGAGGAAGGAGCUGAAGAGGCAGAGAGGGGAGGACACUUGGAUGCUCCCUGAGAUCAACCAGAGGCUGCAGGAGAUCGAGGAUGAGGGCUCUGUGAAGAGCAAGAAGAAGAAAGAGAAGAAAUCUAAAAAGAAAAGGGAAAAGAAGAAGAAGAAGGCCAAGAAGGAGAAGAAGCCAACAGAAGCAGGAGAUGGUUCUAGUGACAGCUCAGAGGUUUCAGGGGAUGAGUGGGUUGAGGCUCAUCCUCAGACACAAGCUGCUAAAGCCUGGCAGGUUCCUGAUGAGCCCAAGCCUUCAGAGAGCAACCUCAGCCCAGCCCAGAGUGUCCAGAGAGACGAAUGGAUGACUUUUGACUUCCUGGCAAUGAGUACCACGUCCACAGCAGAGAGGAGGGCUGAGAAAGAACGACUGAAAGAGGAGGAGAGGGCAAAGGCUCAGGCCAUUGAACAGGCUGGUUUGCAUAAACUGGAGCUAAACCCGUACUGGAAAGAUGGAGGAACUGGUCUGCCCCCAGAGCAGAUAGCUCGUACUGCAGCAACAAAAGGCCCAGUAGUGAAUGAUGGAGGUCUGAGCUGGCUGAGGAAGAACUACCAGAGGAUGAAGGAGCAGGCAGAGAGGGAGCAGCGAAGCCUCAACGAUGUGGUGGCUGAGAGAUAUGGAUCAAUGGAAGAAUUUCAGCAAAGACUUGCAGAUGCUGAGAAAGCUGUGUAUGGACAGAGAAGAGGAGACAGCAGACCAGCAAGAGGCGGCUGGAGGAAAGGAGAGAAUGAGGCCAGAGAGGGAUGGAGGCGAAAAGAGGGAGAUGGGGCAGAGAGAGGUCAGUGGAGAAAUGAAAGGGAAAGAGAUUUAUCACCCACAGAGAGAGAGAGAUACCGUGCUGGAAGAGGAAAAGAGAGGGAGAGGGGAGGGUAUCGAGGCAGAGGGGAAGAGAGAGAUCGAGAUGGAGACAGGUUUAGAGAGAGGGACAGAGACAGUGAAAGAGACAGUAACAAGGAUAGAGACAGAGAGAGAGAUAGAGGAAGAGACAGAGAAAGAGACAAAGGCAGCGAUAGGGACAGAGAGAGGGAUAGGGAUAGUGAAAGAAAUAGAGAAAGAGAUUGGCCCAGUGUUGCAUCAUCAUCAUCAUCAUCAUCAUCAUCUGGGCAAAACUGGAGUCACCGUUCUCCUUCUCUUGGUUCACUAAAAGGCCGCUUCCUCAAACCCUCAGAAGAUGACGACAGUGGUGAAGCUCCAGAGCGUCGUCGUCCUCUUCCAGCACCGCCGUCCACAGGAUUCCUGAGACCCAGCUCUGAUGAUGAAGACUCUGGUCCACGUAAUACCAGCGUCCCAGCCUGGAAGAAGAACAGCAAGCUUGCCCGUGAAUCUGACAGCUUUGAAAAACCACAGCAGGAGAAAGAGAGGGAUCCUGGGAAAACUGUAACGGCUCCUCAAGAUGGUCUGUGUGGUGACAAAGCUGCUGUGACGACAGAAAGGAGUGAGAGUGAAAGUGAGGAAGAAGAGGAGGAAGAGGUAGAGGUUCCACUGCUGUCAGAGGAGGAGAUGAACAAACUGGGAGCCAAACUGGUGAAGGCAGAGAUCAUUGGCAACACGGCCAUGGUUGACAAGCUGAAAUCACAGCUUGACGCAGCACAUAAAGCCAAAGAGAGCCACGCCGCCCGAAAGAAGCUACAAGAAACAGCUAAGUUAAAGCAGGUUGCAGGUCACUCCAGUGAAGACCAGGAAGUUCUGCUGUUCAGAACAGACCAAUCAGGUCGGGCCUGGCCAGUCAACGCCCCCUCUGGACCUCAGGAGCCCCACGGAGGACGACGGAAGAAGAAACCGAUUGAGACUCAUGUUGAUGGGCAGCGUGUGCGCUACUUCCAGGAUGAUGACAAUGUAGGUCUGAAGGAGAUGGUGAGGAGGGAGAAGAUGAGCACUGCACAGGAUCAGAAUGCCCUCUACUCUCGUAUGGCUGCCAAAAUGAUGGGGAAGACAGACGGUGACAACUACACGCUGGAUGACAUGUUUGUGUCGAGUGCAGCGCAGCGGGAGGGCGAGGGGAGGGAGGAGGAGCGGAUGAGGAGCAAAGCCAUCGGGGACAGUAGGAGGCUGGCUGCCUCCAUGGAGAAAUGCCACCACUGCUUCAGCAGCCAAGAGCUCCAGAAGCACCUCAUAGUGGCAAUAGGCAGCAAGGUGUACCUGAGCCUGCCUGCGGGAGUGUCGAUGACAGAGGGCCACUGUCUCAUCUGUCCUCUCCAUCAUCACUGCUCUGCCACCGGAUUGGAUGAGGAUGUCUGGUCAGAAAUGCAGCUCUUCCGGCGUACUUUGGUGCGUAUGUUUGAGUCCCAGGAACUGGACUGUGUGUUCAUGGAAACGCACAUGAACCCACGCAGAAGACAACACAUGGUCCUAGAGUGUAUCCCACUACCCCGAGAACUGGGCGAUAUGGCACCCAUAUACUUUAAGAAAGCUAUCAUGGAGUGUGAUGAGGAAUGGGCCAUGAACAAGAAGAUUGUCGACCUCUCUUCGAAAGACAUCCGCCAAGCUGUACCUCGAGCUCUGCCCUACUUUGCUGUAGACUUUGGACUCCAGGGAGGGUUUGCUCAUGUCAUUGAAAAUGAACAGAAGUUCCCCCAUUACUUCGGCAAGGAAGUGGUUGGAGGCAUGAUGGACUUGGAGCCGCGACGUUGGAGAAAGUUGAUCAGAGAGAACUUUGACGAUCAGAGGAAAAAAGUCCUGCAGUUUGCACAGUGGUGGAAACCAUUUGACUGUACCAAGACUGAGGGCUAGCUAGUGAAGACUACCCACACACACACACACACAUACAAACACACUGUGGUUCCCAGUGCAGGAAUCACAUUUGGUGAAUAUGGUGCAGACACUGUUCCACCUACCAAUUCAGAAUUUGAUGUAAAAUUCCUAUUAGAGGUUAUAAUGUGAGAACAUUUUUACUUAAAUAAAAAGUAAAUAAAAUGA